GAUGGAGCUGCUCUUAGUGGGUUUAUGAUAAUGACUCCAUCAUCAUCUUCAUCCUCGUCAUCAUCAUCAGCUGAACAACAUCAUCAUCAAAACAUGGCUUAUGGUGGAAGGAACAGAAGCUGGGGAUGGGCUUUUGCAAGUCCAAUGAGAGCUUUUGGUUCAUCUUCUUCCUCUGGUAAAAGAGGAAGAACAAUUUCAGAUUCUACAAGCAAGAACACAACUCCAAACUUGGAUGCAAUUCCUUCGUUGUUGGCUGUCUGAACUUGAACUGAAAGAUUUAUAAUAAGUGUUUUUUUAUCUUAAACAAGAAAGAUACAUUAAAGCUAGUUUCAUCUUUUCAUCAUUGUAGGUGUUCUUGAACAUUGGUUGAUGAAUGAUCUUUUUCAUAUUCUAGUAGUAUUGUAAUGUUGCAC